ACUUUGCACUCUUUCUAGAUCCCACCCGACCCAUCUCGCCGGGGGCGCCGUCGUAACACUGCUUACGCCGGGGUCUCCCACCGCCGCUGGGGCCGUCUACUUGGACUUGCAGAAUUUCGAUCGAAAUGAAAAUGGAACGUGGAUGCAAGGUCUCUCUCCACGUCGCCGUCGUCGUAUCCGCCAUCAUUUUCAUUUACUGGUCGACGCUGUUUGUAUUCAUAGACCGGUGGUUCGGUCUCGGGUCCUCGCCGGGGAUGAUUAACGCCUUUGCGUUCACCGUCGUUUCUAUUCUCUGCAUUUCCAACUAUGGCCUUGCCAUAUACACUGAUCCAGGUCGGGUCCCAGCCUCAUUCUUACCCGACAUUGAAGGCCCUGACAACACAAUCCAUGAGAUCAAGCGCAAGGGUGGGGAUUUGAGAUACUGCCAGAAGUGCUUCACUUAUAAGCCUCCUCGCGCACAUCAUUGCCAUGCAUGUAACAGAUGUGUUUUGCGGAUGGACCAUCAUUGUGUGUGGAUGAAUAAUUGUGUGGGCCAUGCAAACUAUAAGGUCUUCUUUGUUUUUGUUGUCUAUGCCGUUCUUGCGUGCCUAUAUUCCCUGGUUCUACUAGUGGGUAGCCUAGCUAUGGAAUCUGAACUGGACCAGCAGCAUCGUAAUGAACGGUCUCACAAAACUGUAUACAUUAUUGCAGGCCUUUUAUUGGUUCCAUUAAGCUUAGCAUUGACAUUUUUUCUUGGGUGGCAUACCUACCUUAUCUUGCAAAACAAGACAACAAUUGAGUAUCAUGAAGGUGUAAGAGCUCUUGCUGAAAAAGGGGGCCAUCUCUAUUCACAUCCUUAUGAUCUCGGUGCAUAUGAGAAUAUAAUAUCGGUUUUAGGUCCUAACGUCCUUUGCUGGAUAUUACCCACAGCAGGACACAUUGGUUCUGGCCUUCGCUUCCGCACCUCAUACGACGAUAAAAUAGCCUUGACAACUACCUCACAGUAAGUUUGCCAUGGGAUGCGAAUCGAGGGCAUUUCUGGAAAUGUUCCGUAAAAAAGACUGACAUAUACAUACAUACAUAUAUAUAUGUGUGUGUGUGUGUAUGAAUGGAAUUGUGGGUUUCUUGGGUAUGUUUGGGCAUGCAUUGGGGAGAUGUAAGAAAGAGGAUGCGGCUUCUGUAUAAAUGUAUUGCAAAUUGUAAGAGAUGUGUUUGUGUUGUUGGGUAGACAGACAGCUAACGUUUGGGAAAAAGAAAGAUACCAGAAAAAUAUAUUUAGGAUUUAGGCCAUAUAUUGCUUGUGCCGGAAAUGUGAAUUUUAACAAUAUAUGUACAAAAUAUUC